AUGUUCGGCCACUUGGGCGUUCAGAACCUGCAGCCAAAACAACUUCAGCUUCCCAUUGUUCCUAACUACUUCCUGCAUCCUGCAACCAACCAGAAGGUGUAUGUUCUACUGGAUGUGGUGCACAUGCUGAAACUGCAGCGAAACCUCCUUGGUGAAUACAAGAGCUUUCAGCUGGAUGGUGAAGAGGUAUCCUGGAAGUAUAUUCAGGCGCUGUACGACCUGCAACACAGCGGGAGUAUCUGGGCGGCCAACAAGCUCUCUGGCCUGCACGUUCAGUACGAAAAGAACAAAAUGAAAGUUAAGCCUGCUGCCCAGCUGUUCAGCAGCUUGGUGGGCAAAGCUCUGCUGUACCUAGAAGAGCCAGGCCACCAUGAGUUCAUCGGAGCGGGGGCAACGGCGCGCUUCAUCCUGCUUGUUGAUCAGGUAUUCAACUACCUCAACAGCAGCAACCCAUACGGGAAGGGCUUCAAGACUCCUGUAACUGCCAACAACUUGAUGCAGAUCAAGCGAUAG